UUACCUGUAUCACCACCUGUACUCUGACUGACAACCCCAACCCCACCUACACCUGGUACAGGAACAGUAAGAUUGUACAAGAGGACUCCUCCCCCUCAUACACUUUCUACUUUCAAACUGAAGACAGCUUCUACUGUGCUGUAAAAGGCAUCAAUUCUCCUGCAGUGUUGGUACUGGGUCAGGAUGGCUGGAGUGUUACAUACACCACUCAGAGUAUCUGUACCUUGAAGGGGUCAACAGUGGAGAUGUCCUGCUCUUACACAUAUCCCAGAGGUAAAGUCACAACAACACUCUGGUUCACUAAAUGGGGGACUGGUGUAGAACCUGAAGAUCUAGGUCAGGACCCAGAGUAUGCAGGUCGUCUGGAGUAUCAUGGAGAUAAGAAGAAAGACUGUACCCUGAAAAUCACAGACCUGAGAGAGAGAGACUCAGCUACGUAUUGGUUCAGAUUUAUAACAGAUCAGACCAGAGGGAAAUUUUAUGGAGAUCCUGGAGUCACUCUGUCUGUAACAGCUCUGCAGGUGAAGGUGACUUAUUCAAGCUGGCAAAAUAGGGUGACAAUUACCUGUAUCACCACCUGUACUCUGAGUAACCCCAACCCCACCUACAUCUGGUAUAAGAACGGACAACGUCUAGAUGAGAGCACCUCCCCCCAGUACAAAGACUCAGUCUCCAGUAACUAUGGAGACAGCUACUCCUGUGCUGUAAAAGGCCACAAGGCUCUCCACUCUCCUGCAGUGUGUGUUCAGGGUCAGAGAUGCUACAGAGUGACUUACACCAAGAGGAGAAUCUGUGUCUUGAAGGGGUCAACAGUGGACAUAUCCUGUACUGUUGGUUAUUAUUCCACCACAUCAGUCUGGUUUAGUCCUAAACAGAGUGACAGGUGGAGGGACAAGUCGACCCCUGAGGACCUAACCAGAGACCCAGGAUAUGCAGGUCGUGUGAAGUACCCUGACAAAGAGACACGGAGAAACGAAGGUCCCUCCACCCUGAGAAUCUCAGAUCUGAGAGAGGACGACUCAGCUGAGUAUCGCUUCACUUUUAAAACAGACAACAUUGAAUGGGGUCAUAGUUUCCCAGGAACAACUCUGUCUGUCACAGGUCUGCAGGUGAAGGUGACUCCUGCUGCAGAAGGACAGAAGACACUGACCUGUAGCACCACCUGUACUUUGACUGACAACCCCACCUACAUCUGGUACAAGAAUGGACAGAAUGUACAAGGUGUCUCCUCCCCCAUGUACUCCAUCAGCAGUGAGGAUGCAGACAGCUACUUCUGUGCUGUAAAAGGCCGUCUCAGCUCUCCUGCAGUGUAUAAACCAAAGACCUCAGUGUCAGUCAGUCCCUCUGGUGAAAUAGUGGAGGGCAGUUCAGUGACUCUGACCUGCAGCAGUGAUGCCAACCCACCUGUCCAGAGUUACACCUGGUACAAGAAGAAUGGAGGUGACUAUCAGAGUAUGACAGGACCACAGCAUGUCUUCAGUCACAUCCAGUCAUCUGACAGUGGAGAGUACUACUGUGAGUCCCAGAAUGAGAUGGGGACAGACAGGUCUGGGACCAUCAACAUGGAUGUGAAAUAUAAACCAAAGAACCCCUCAGUGUCAGUCAGUCCCUCUGGUGAAAUAGUGGAGGGCAGUUCAGUGACUCUGACCUGCAGCAGUGAUGCCAACCCACCUGUGGACAAAUACACCUGGUACAAGAAGAACGUAACCUCACCAAAAGCAUCAGGACAGAGUUACAGCAUCACUAACAUCAGCUCUGAGGACAGAGGAGAAUAUUACUGUGAGGCUGAGAAUAAAUAUGGACGACUCAACUCUUCUUCUGUGUUUGUGGACGUUCAGUAUGGCCCAAAGAACCCCUCAGUGUCAGUCAGUCCCUCUGGUGAAAUAGUGGAGGGCAGUUCAGUGACUCUGACCUGCAGCAGUGAUGCCAACCCACCUGUGGACAAAUACACCUGGUACUUUCAAAAUGAGACUUUUCUAAAUGGAUGUGGACAGAUGUACAACAUCAGUAACUUCAAGUCAGUGGACAGUGGACAUUACCACUGUGAGGCCUGGAAUAGAAGAGGAUCUAGGAACUCUACAGCUCUGAUGAUACCAGUGAAACCAACCUCAGUCCUGACUGCAGCUGGAGGAAUCACAGUGGUUCUGGUUCUCAUCCUCUGUCUCUCUGGACUCAUGUGGUUCAGGAAGAAGGCCUCCAAAUCCACCUCUGACACAAGAGACACAUCAGAGAAUGUACAGGGAGACUCUAGUCCAGUGUAUGAAAACGUCUCAAGCAUGUCCACAGCCUCUACUGCAGCACAGACAGCAGCCACAGUCGACCAGGAUGAUGUUCACUAUGCCAGAGUCCACUUCUCUCACUCCAAAAACCAGGAAGUGCCUCUGUACUCCACCGUCCAGCUGUGUAAACCCCAGAAACAGGAUGUCCAGUACGAUGCUGUGAAAUUCAACCUCCCCAGUGCUGCCACCCGACCCACGGCAGCACAAGCAGCUGAGGAGGACUUUUCUGAGAACUAUAGUAGAGUCAACAAACCCAGAAGACCUGAACACAACAAACCCUGAACCAAGAAGACAUGAACUCACCAAACCCAGAACCAAGAGUACCUGAACACAACAAACCCAGAACCAAGAGGACCUGAACACAACAAACCCAGAACCAAUAGGACCUGAACACAACAAACCCAGAACCAAGAGGACCUGAACACAACAAACCCAGAACCAAGAGGACCUGAACACAACAAACCCAGAACCAAGAGUACCUGAACACAACAAACCCAGAACCAAGAGGACCUGAACACAACAAACCCAGAACCAAUAGGACCUGAACACAACAAACCCAGAACCAAGAGGACCUGAACACACACAACAAACCCAGAACAAAGAGGACCUGAACACAACAAACCCAGAACCAAGAAGACCUGAACACACCAAACCCAGAACCAAGAAGACCUGAACACAAGUUUGACAUAAACCCUGUGUUACGGAUACAGUUAUCCUGUGUGUGUGUGUGUAUCCUGUGUGUGUUUCUUUUCUCUCCUUCUCCCCUCACAGGUGAAAAUCAUCACUCCCCAAUCAAUCAUCAAUCAGAAGACACACCUCCUCAUAUUUCCUAACCUAUCACAGUUCUUUCCCCAUGGUUUAAAAACCCCAUCAUUUGUUUGUUCUAGAGCCCAGCUCAGCCCAGCCCAGCUCAGCUCAAUCUCUCUGUAAAUGCCAUGUCUGUAGGUCUCUGUGUUUCACUCUCGCUUUGUGUCGUAACCUCUCUUUUGUUUAAGCACCUCAUAGCACUUUGUCAUCACCUGUGAGUAUUGUUUUUGGUUAUGGUGUUUGUGUUUGAUUGCUGGUGGAAAAGGGGGAAACCAAGACAAGUCGCCCAUGGGCAUACACUACCCGUAGGUGAACUUUGUUAAAUACACUAGUUAGAACUGGGCGGACCACCCACUGUAUUUUUGGUUAGUUAGCUGUUGUUAAAGUAGGCUAGUCUAGCUCAGGGUGUUUUUGAAUACUUAUUGUUUCUUUCCUUGGGUCCAGCUCAGCCCCUUUUCCUGCUCCCCCCAUUACCGUGUGUUUAUAAAUAAACCUAGAGUUUGACGGUA